GCAUGCCUCGACAAGUCCUAGGAUGGCCAGCUUCCGUUCCGGCCCCCCCCUAGCUUUCUGGGGUUUGUAGUCUCGGCGCGCGAUUCACAGAUCCGCUUUCGCUCCCGGCGCGCCGUAGUUGCCGGACCCCUUAUGGGGGGCUACGCUACGGAGGCGGCGUAAGGCCGGGUUUCUGGACUCCCGAGCGCGCUCUGCUAGGCUCCUCAGGCUGAGGCAGAGGAAACAGUUUCCAAAACGGCCGGACGAGCGGCAUCCAGCCGACUUGCGGCGCGGGGAGGCAGGCGGGCGGGCGGGCGGCCGGCAGGGGCGGCGCUGCUCUCUCCGGAGGCAGAAGUUGUGGCGCGGCGCCCAACCGCUGGGAGAGGGAGGCCCGGGACCGGGGCCGGGCCCGGCUGGGCUGGGGGGCCCGGGGCCGCGGGGCGUCCGCAGGCGCCUCCGGGCUGCGCGGGUGAGUGCGUUCCGGAGCCGGAGCUCUGAGGGCUUCAGGCGGGGCCUUCGCCGGCCGCCGCGGCUCCCCCGGGGGUCCCAACGCCGGGCCGCCGAGCCCAGCCUUGUCCGACGCCGCGCGCCGGGGCCGGGCCGGGGAGGAGGGAGGGAGGGAGGAAGGGAGGGAGGGGAUCCGCACCGCAGCCAGGCCCCUCCCCUCCGCACCCCCUCCCCGCCCCCGGCCCUCCCUCCGGCCGCCGGAGCUCGGGACCUGGGACCAGGAGGAAACGCGGGCUAAGUGAAACUGUGGCAGUCCCGGCCCCGGGCAACCCCGCCCGGCGCGAGCUCCGUCCAGCCCUCCGUCCGUCCGUCAGUCCGUCUCGCCGCUCCCGGCGCUCCCGGGCAUCCCGAAAAGUCGGCAGGAGAAUCGACCUCCCUUUCUCCAGUGUUGGGAACUUUCUGCCUGCCCAUGCCUCCAAUCCUCACCCUUUCCACCCGACUACACACGCCUGGACCUAAUCUGGGAUAAUUCUUGGCUGGGCCCAGGUUGGGGGUAACAUGGGGAGCUCAGCUUCCUCGCUGGCUGCAGAGACGGAAUCAGACCAUGGCUUCACUAGCCCAUCCUAUCCGGGGCACCCGGCUACAGGCUGGUAUAGAAGUAGCCACAGUGGUCCUGUGUGGGAAAGUGCCCUAAUAACACGGCAGCAUCAGCACUUACAUCCCAGGGCACGAAGCCACACCCAUUCGCCUGGUUCUAUGGCCGCAGUCCGGGAAUGGUCCUGUACCCGGUGCACUUUCCUGAACCCUGCAGGCCAGCGCCAGUGUUCCAUCUGUGAGGCCCCCCGUCAGAAGCCUGACCUAAACCACAUACUGAGGCUCAGUGUGGAAGAGCAGAAGUGGCCCUGUGCCCGCUGUACCUUCAGAAACUUCCCAGGCAAAGGGGCCUGUGAGGUGUGCGGCUUUGCCCCAGAUCCUCUGCCAGGAACGUCCCCGCUCCCCAUCAUCAAUGGGGUCCUCCCCAAGCCCCCCACAAUCUCAGUGGAGCCCAGAGGAAGCUGCAAGGAGGAAGCAGUGCUGAAGGUGGAGGCUGGGGAGUCGGGAGGAAAAAGCCCGGAGGAAGUGGAGCCAGAGGGUGGCUGGGCCUGCCAGCGAUGUACCCUCCACAACACCCCAGUCGCCAAUUCCUGCUCUGCCUGUGGAGGCCCACGAAAGCUCUCGCUGCCCAAGAUUCCCCCCGAGGCGCUGGUGGUCCCCGAGAUCAUUACUCCUGCGGGCUUCCAUGUUGCCCCUUCCCCUCCACAACCCGGCCUGCCCACAGAUCUCUCUGACGCCGACUCCAUCUCAGCGAAUCAAGAUCCAGCUGCUACUGAGCAAGAGCUCCCCAAAAUGCCAUCAUUCAGCCCCUUUUCCCCGACCCUGCAGAACAACCCCGUCCCCAGAAGCCGCAGGGAGGUGCCUCCCCAGCUACAACCACCGGUGCCUGAGGCUUCCCAGCCCACAACCGUCCCCGGUCCCAAAGGGUCCCCCCAGGGGCAGGUCCGAGCACCCCCCACCACCCGCUUCCAAGAAAUCCUUGCUAGCAAGCGCCUGAGCGUGCUGGAGGAGGAGGCCGAAGCCAGCCCGCCUCUGUGGAGGUGCCUCUCCUGCUCCCAGCACAAUUCCACAGGCAGCUCCAGGUGUGACAACUGCGGUGCCCCCCAGGGCAGUGACGUCAUCGACCUGACGGGGGACACCGUCCGCUUCACCCCCGCCAGCCCCUCCAGCCCUGACUUUACCACCUGGUCAUGUGCCAGAUGUACCCUUAAGAACCCCACUGUGGCUCAGAAGUGCAAAGCCUGUGGCUCCUCCAAGCUGCACGGCUUCCAGGAACAUGGGGGCGGGGCCUCCACAGGGGAGCCCACCGCCCACUGCCCGGACUGCGGCGCCGACAAGGCCGGGGACUGCUGCUGCGGCCGAGCCCCCUCUGCCCGGAAGGCCGCUCGGCUCUUCCCCGCCCAGCCCCUGCCACCCCCUGAGUGGGCCUGCCCGGCCUGCACCCUGCUCAAUGAAGCGAAGACCAAGAACUGUGCCGCCUGCCACACCCCGCAGGGCUGCGUGGCCCAGCGCAAGGGCGCCAAGCCCCUGACACGCAGGGAGAGCAUGCACGUGGAGAAGCGCCGCCAGACGGACGAGGGCGAGGCAAAGGCCCUCUGGGAGAACAUCGUCUCCUUCUGCCGGGAGAACAAAGUGAACUUUGUGGAUGACAGCUUCCCCCCUGGUCCAGAGUCUGUGGGCUUCCCUGAAGGAGACAGUGUCCAGCAGCGGGUAAAGCAAUGGUUACGACCUCAUGAAAUCAACUGUAGCAUUUUCAAGGACCAGACAGUCAGUUGGUCAGUGUUCCGGACACCCCGGCCCUCUGACAUCCUUCAGGGACUCCUAGGGAACUGCUGGUUCCUCAGUGCCCUGGCAGUGUUGGCUGAGCGUCCAGAGCUGGUGGAGCGGGUGAUGAUCACUCGUACUCUCUGUCCAGAAGGAGCAUACCAGGUUCGGCUGUGCAAGGAUGGCACGUGGACCACAGUGCUGGUUGAUGACAUGCUGCCCUGUGACGAGUGUGGGUACCUUCUCUUCUCUCAGGCCCAGCGGAAACAGCUGUGGGUUGCUCUCAUGGAGAAGGCUCUGGCCAAGCUGCAUGGCUCAUACUUUGCCCUCCAGGCUGGGCGGGCCAUCGAAGGCCUGGCCACACUCACUGGUGCCCCCUGCGAGAGUCUGAUGCUGCAGGUCAGCUCCACUAACCCCCGAGAGGAGCCCAUUGACACUGACCUCAUCUGGGCCAAAAUGCUGAGUUCUAAGGAGGCUGGGUUCCUCAUGGGGGCUUCUUGCGGAGGGGGUAACAUGAAGGUAGAUGACGCAGCCUACGAGAGCAUGGGCCUCCGCCCCCGCCACGCCUACUCCAUUCUGGAUGUCCGAGAUGUCCAGGGCUUCAGGCUGCUCCGACUGCGCAACCCCUGGGGACGAUUCUCCUGGAAUGGCAGUUGGUCAGACGAAUGGCCUCACUGGCCCGGACACCUGCGUCACGAUCUGAUGCCCCACGGCAGCAGCGAGGGGGUCUUCUGGAUGGAGUACAACGACUUCAUGAGGUACUUUGAUUCUGUUGAUAUUUGCAAGAUCCACUCAGACUGGCAUGAAGUGCGGGUGCAGGGUGCCUUCCCCAAUAAGGCAAGCGGGCCCAUCAUGGUGACCUCCCUGACUGUGCUAGAACGAGCCACCCUGGAGUUUGCUCUCUUCCAGGAGGGGAGCAGACGGUCAGACACUGUUGACAGCCAUCUCCUGGAUCUUUGCAUCAUGGUGUUCCGAGCAACCUUCAGCAGCGGGAAUAAGCUAAGUCUGGGCCGGCUCCUGGCCCACAGCAAACGGGCAGUGAAGAAGUUUGUGAACUGUGACGUGAUGCUGGAGCCGGGGGAGUAUGCGGUUGUGUGCUGUGCCUUCAACCACUGGAGCCCUGCCUUGACAGCUCAGGUUUCCAGCCCGACAGGAGGAGCAGGGCGCAGUGCCCCAGAACCUCCUGGACACAUAUUGGCUAUCUACAGCUCGAGACUGGUCAUGGUGGAGCAGAUUGAGGCCCAGCCCACCACUCUGGCCGACGCCAUCAUCCUCCUGACGGAGAACAAGGGCGAGAGGCACGAGGGCCGGGAGGGCAUGACCUGCUACUACCUGACGCAUGGCUGGGCGGGCCUGAUUGUGGUCGUAGAGAACCGACACCCCAAGUCCUUUCUGCAUGUGCAAUGUGACUGUACCGACAGCUUCAAUGUAGUCUCCACCCGAGGCAGCCUCAAGACCCAGGACAGUGUCCCGCCCCUGCACAGGCAGGUGCUGGUGAUCCUGUCCCAGCUGGAGGGCAACGCCGGCUUCUCCAUCACACACCGCCUGGCUCACCGAAAGGCUGCCCAGGCCUUCCUCAACGACUGGAUGUCCACCAAAGGGACUCACAACCCCCUGCUCACACCCGAGGUGGCUGGGCUCCACGGCCCCCGGCCCCUCUGACCCACGCCCUGCCCUGGCAGGGGCACCUCCCUCUCCACCCACCCAGCCCCUCCUCGCUUCCCGCCUCCUCAGUUCAUUUGGGUUCCCAGCCCCUUCUGCCCUUCAUGGCAGCCGAGCUUACCGCCUGACCUCACUGUUUCCCACCCUCUCACCUGCAGCCUCCCCUUCCUCUUUUUAAUCACUCUAAGGGUUCUUCUGGAGUCUCUGCCUUGGAGCCAGCACACCUGAAGUGAAGGCCCAGGCCCUGGGUCUUUCUCUCCUGCUUCUGCCCUAGGGUGGAUAGGGAGAGACCCAACUGAGUGGGCCUGGGGCUCCGAUCACUUCGCCUCCCCCCAGUUACAUGCACUUUAUGAGGGAGACUCGGAGGAUGUAGGGGGCAGGGACUUAACAAUGCUUGAACCUUAGAAAUCUCAGGAUCCCCAUCCAAGGGACAUAGCCCUGCAGCCUGAAGUGGCCAUUACCCACCUCCUAAUUCUGACAUCCUCCCGCCGCUGGAGGGGAGAGCCACGUGGUGGCUGGCCCCAGAGGCGUGACGUCGGGCCGAACCCUUCUGGUCCGGAAUCCAGUCACGGCAUCAGCUUCGGCAAAACAAAAUACCUCUCAAGAAGACACUGCUUGUCUCCACUGUGGCCAGUCCCUGGGAAGCUGCUAAGAGAGCUAGCUGGGUGCAGAAAAGAGGGUGUGAGGGCUGGGGAUCAAGAGAGGGUUGGAGGCGAGCUUCCUCUGAACCCCUCUUUUUAGAUUCUUCUAUCAUGGGAAUUUUGGGGUCCUUCCCCUUGAAAAUAUUAGCCAGGAUUUCAAACCACAAAACCAAAAUACUCAUGGGGGCAGGAUCGGAGGCAUUUGUGUUGAUAGAAGGAAGGCUUCCAGUGGAGGCACCUGGCUCAGAGCUUUCAGGUCCAAGUUCACCUCUUCCUUCCCCUUCCCUGGUUCAUCUCCUUUCAGGGAUACAGCAGCCAUCUCCCUAUUCCCACUUCCCCACCUCACCCAGGGUCCUUCAGGACCCUGGUUUUUCAUGUGCUCUAGGAGGACGGUUUGUCCACAGCUGAGCAGGAAGACAGAAACUAGGCCUGAAACUGUGUUUUGAACCUUUUAAUAAAACGGAGACAGGAAUGAAAAUGGGGAGUCCCAAGGCCUGGAUUUCAGCAGAAGGCCCCCC